CGGGUGGGGCCGGGGGGCGUGAGCGCGGCCGGCGGCGUUGGCUCCGGAGGUGAGUGGCCCUUGACCCCCGCUCGCAGGACGCCGGGCCGGUUAGCCCUGGCCUCGCCUCCCGCAGCGCCUCGCGGACCCGCGCGGUCUAUACCCGGUGGCCGCUCUGCAGCCUUCCUGCAGUUUCUCCUUAUGGAGGUUGGAGGACAAAAUCAAGGACCCGGAGACCCUUUUGAGGCCCAGCGCGGAUCUGUCCGAGCCCCAGGCGUCAGCACCCUCGAUGGGGCCGGGACCGGAGAAGGUCGCCCCUGGCCCUGAGCCGGCGGGGACAGGCGAAGCCUGGGUCACAGAGGGACGGCCUUUGGCCCGGGAGAAAGGUCUGUCUCCGUGUCCGAGAGAUGGGCUGCAGAUCUGUCUUCCCAGUCUGGCCAGGCCACCCCGGCACCCCCCACCCCGAGGUGCUCAGCUGCCGCUGCGGAAUAAAGACCGUCGCCUGCCUGCGGCAGAGGCGGCCGCUGUGCGGGGGGAGGGGCUGGCACAGCCAGGCUGCCAGCGACAGCCUUCCUAGGCCUCUGCCCACCUUGGGAUGGGGCACAGGCGGGAGGGGGCGCCCAAAAGCAGGUCCGGCCCCCACCAGGUCACCCUCUCUGGGAGAAUGUGCCUUCUGACUCCCUGCUGCAGCGAGUCCUGGCUUCUGCUGAGGGGAGAUGGGCGGGUGGAGCUGUGGUGAGGGCCCAAGGGGUGCUUGGGAUGGAGGAGGGGAGUGUGGUGUCUGCAGUGCUGUGUAGCUGGGGAGUGGGAUGGGUGCUGAAGGCCAGGGAGCAGCGUUCUUCUCACUCUGUGUCCCUACCUCUGGGGGUCCCAGGCACCAGGCACUUUUGCUCCCAGGGCAGCCCCUGGGAUGAGUGUAGCAUCCAGGGCUCUGGCUCCUUACCGUGAGGACAGAUCAUGUGACCGCAGCUGGAAGUUCAUCCUGAAGUCUCACUGAAAUACCCCCUGCUGCAGUCAGCCUAGGGCUGUGGGAAAGUCAAGGGUUCCUCCCGCCCUAAGCCAUAGGAGAGGCUUCUGGGCCCAGGGGCUGCCUCUGGGAAGACAGUUCCAUGGACAGAGAAGCAGAAAGUUUUGAUAGGGUGAGCCUGUGUCCCAGUCUGAGGCUUCAUUGGGCCCAGAAGUUUCACCUGGAUAGAUGCCUCAAGGGGUAUCGGCUGGGGCUGGGAAGGCCCAGGUUUGCCCCUCACAGAAGAAACAGGGCUAGACACUGGCCAGAAAGGCUGCACAGGCUCAGGUGAUCCUUCUGGAAGCCCUGGCUGGCUUACGCAUGUGGUAUGAGGACAGUGACCAGUAGAAUCUCUGCAGAUCAGCAGGGAUGGUACAGGCCAGGUGGGAACAGAGGAAAGGGGGAUAGUGUCAGUUUCUGAGGCCCAGUCCAGACCUCAUCCCUGGGAGCUGAGUGGGCCUCUUGUCCCCAGGCCAGGGCUGGCUUUGCUUGGCCUUGCCAUGGGCCCUGCCAAACAGAGUGAAGUGGUGGAAGAAAAACCCUUCCUGCCCCACUGACCCGCCUGCCCAGGGAGAGCAUGAGGACAGAGUGAGCUAGUCCAUGUGAACACCUGGGCUCCUGCUUUCCGAGAUGCCAACACCAGGCUCUCUCCUGACCUUCUUAGCACAGCAGCAUCUCCCCAGAGGUGCCCCUGGGUGGCAGUGGCCCAGCUGCCACCCAGCCCUAGUGCUGACUCUUCCACAGCCCUUUGUCCCAUUCACCUGAAUGGGACAUUGUGUCCUCUGACCACAGCUCUGACUGCUGCCUCUGCAGGUGGCAAGUUCCCCAUCCCUAGUUGAUCAGCAGAGAGUGACUUGGUGAGGAUGCUGUCGUGUAUGUGCUCAGGGAUGUGAAUGUACUUCGGGGAGGCCUUGAGUAGAAGCCCCCCUGUGUGAGGAGGCCCUGGAGCAGGCACCUGGGUUGCAUGGCUCCUGGAUUCUAGAGGACUUUGGCAAGCAGAGGGUGAGGUUGUGUGUGUGAGUGAGCAUGUAAGUGUGUUCUGUGCUCCGCACACUUGUCUAUGUACAAGUGCACACAGGAGAGGUGGAUUGUGGGUAAGGAGUGAGCCCAGCCCCACGUGUGGAGUCAGUGUGCAAAGGGGUGUGUCCUGGCUGGCACAGAGAGAGGGAGAGAGCUGCAUCAGUGCAGCACUAAAACCGGCAUGCGUGCACCUGCCGGUGGCUCCUAGGAGAGGUAUGCAGACCCUCCCUGGGAUGAAGGUGAAUGGGCUGAGCCUGUGGGUCCAUCCCCACCUGCCCUCCUCCCCAAGCCCCAGGCCCUGGAACUCCAGUUCCCAGGAACCGGUGGGACAAAGACUGGGCAGGAGGGCUUGGGACUGUCAACAUCCACAUUUUGUUUCCUGUGUUCCCACCUGGCCUGUGCCAGCCCAGCUGGUUUGCUCAAGACUGUCCUAAGUUUCCUGUGGUGCCCUUAACCUGCCAGUGACAGCCCAGUCCAUAGCAUCUGGGGAUGGCCAGAGGUGGGCGGUCUGCCCCCAGAAGCUUUGGGUUCAGGAGACCCAGUGGCUGAGGAUGAGCUCUGGGAGGCCAGCACAGGCAAGAAGCCUCCUGUAAGAGGGACGCUCCUUUAGAGAGGGGAGCCCACAAGCUGUGGGGAGUGAGCCUGGUGCAAUAGGUGCUGGGACCAUGAGGGCGAGGAUGAGUAGAAAUGGGGUUCCCUGGGCCCGCUGGGGUGGUUGCAGGCCCAGCUCCUGGGCACCUGCUGGACAGCUUGGAAGGUGGGGAGAGGGAGGAGGCAACCUGCCCACUAUGCUGCAGAGCCUGCUCUCACUGUGCAGAGCAGUGGUUGCCUGGCACCUCUGCUGUUGCCAUGGCUACAUCGGGAGCUGCUAACUUGCUAAUAAGUCCCCUUUGGCUGCAGAUGAUAAUGCUGUGGUGGUUUCUUCUAUCUGAGGGUUGCCUGGGAGGCCAGGGUGGGGCUAGGUGCAGGCCCUGAUGCCCACUCGACCCACCCACCCCCUUCUCUGGGCCUCAGGCCCUGCCCCAGGGGUGAGGAUCUACCCAGCUGCCCUCCACAGUUGAAUUUGCUUCUGUUGGUUUAGAUGAGAGGUAACCCACCCCAACUGGUGAAGGGACAUUGAGGCGUCUGUCCAAGACCCUCCAGCCUACAGUGCCCAUGCUUCACUGUGGCCCUUGGGGUCUGGGUCUCAGAGCUGAGCUGUUUGUCCUUUGUCCAAGGGCAGGAGGCUCUGCUCUGGCCUGCAGGAACCGCUCUUCCCUGGCCCUGGGGACCUGGCGCGACCCUCUCACCACCUUGCACAAGAUUCAGGUUAGGACUCAGGAAAAACUCCCCCAAACAGCUCAUACGGUAUUGAAUUGGGGACCCCCUUUGGCAUGCAGGUAGUGACCCCCUUGUGUGAUGUGGCCCAGGGACAGUAGCCCUGGCCUCGCCUGCACUUCAUUCCAUAGUGGUGAAGAUGGUGCCCAGGCCUGGAGAUGGGGGGUCUGUGAGGGUCCCAAGGCCCCACUAACCAGGUGCCAUUGUGGCUUCUGGUGGCUGCUAUGCUGGCUUUGCUUAAGGUAUAUCCGAGGUGGGGUUUCCCUGGUCCCUGUGAGGCUAGGAGGAGGCACCCCCCAGAGUGGGGCAAGGGACCUACAGCAGGGUUGCUGGGAACAGUGGGCACAGAUGCUGCACAGGGUGGCCAGGAUUCCUGGGUGGUAGGGGCCUUAGACCUGCCCCUCAGUGUCCCUCGGAUGGGGACCGAGGGAGUACGGGCCUCACCUGCCUUGCAUCCACUGCUCUGGGGACUGACUGUCAGUGUCCUGCCUCCCUCAGACUGGGAGCCGACCCAGAGUGGUGGGGGUCCAGACACAGAGGCGACCACUGUCGUCCCUAGCAUUGCUGUUUGUGAUAUGUGAGCACCCCUAGGGUGCCUUCCCAAGCACCGUCUAUAGGCUGGGCACCUGCAGAGGGGCCUUUGCCCACUGUGGUCCCCUCUCCGUAAGCCCCAAGGUCUCCUCCCAGGCAGAAUUGGGAAGGGAGGGGCCAUGCGGGGGUGACCUGUGAGCCUGUCCAGUCUCCCUGAGUAUGACUUGGGGUGGACCCCCCCACCCCAAGCCUCAGUUCCCCCAUACUUAGAAUAGGCUCCUCAUCUUGAUGAGCCUCUUCCAACUUCAUGAGACCUUUAAUCAUCUAGACUGAGCCCAGGCCUGGGGUCCCCACUCUGCUUCUUGGGGUCUGUGAGUUUGGGGUGGGUCUAGGGGAAUGCCAGUCCUGGCAGUUGACAGGGAACAUGGAGCUUGACAGGUGGGGGUAGCAGAGGCUGGUCACUGAGCCACAGGAGGGGACUUCUGAGUCCCUAGACCCUAACUACACCUGUUCCCUCCAUGCAGCCCUCUGCCCCAAGCCUCUGCAGGCCAUGCUGAGCGUUCCAGCACCCUGAGGGUCCCAGCCACACUCACCUUCACCCUAGGGCUGCCCCCACUCCACCCAUCCUGGGACCCAGAAGCUCUGGGGAUCCGAGGCGUGUGCUCAGACUGGAGUACCCAUCCUCACCCUACUCUGAGGGUGAGAAAGACCCCCACAGGGACUGGGCACUUGCUCCCAGACCCCUGGGCAGCAGGCUUGUAGGGUGCUAUACCUCAGCCUACAGAACUAGAAACAAUGGCAGGAACACAGGAGCCCCCCAUGCCCAAGCCCCUGGCCUGCCGGCCCACCUGGCCCACCCACCUCUGGGAGUCCCCUAGUUGGUAGGGCACCCCUGAUGCCCACAUCUGCCACAGUCCGGAUCACUGGUUCAUGGAGUGGUCCCUAAGAUUCAUCUCCAAAGACUGGGCUCCCUGGGGUUGAGCCAGGAAGGGAGAGGCAAGUUCUGGAAGUUCUGGACCUUAGGCCUGAUGGGGCUCUGGGGGCUGGGAAGAUGUGAAGCCAGAGCUGGGAGAGGCACAGCCAGGGGCAGGACAAAGUGCUCUGGGGUGCCAUCCAUGCACCCUAGGGACUGAACAGGGUGCCCUGGGACAGGAUGGGGUGCCCUGCGAUGCCAUCCACCCACCCAGUGACAGAAAAGGAUACUCUGGAUGCCAUCCAUGCACCCCAAGGCCCAGGCCAGCCCUGAGAACCUGCUCUCUGGGCCCCUGUUGGCCUCCCUGGCCUUGCUCUGUCCACUGGGAGCUGGACCCUGACAUGGACGGUGCAAGGGCUGGGAAGAGUCUCUCCUGCAGGCUUUUCCAACUUCAUGAGAACUUUAAUCAUCCAGGGGAGAAGGCCCCAUGGGUACAUGUGGGCUCAUGUCCUGGUGGCCUUGGGUCCUGGCCACGGCCCUUCCAGGGGCCUACAGCACUGCUGACUGCCCUCCUCUCCGCAGGUCUGGCACCAUGUGCUAGGUCACACCAGGAGUGUGAGGCCGCACCCCUGGCCAUUGGAGCAGCCCCUCCUGACUUCAGGGGUCACCCCACUGCCCAGCUCCCCACCAUGGCUGGGGACCGGCUCCCGAGGAAGGUGAUGGAUGCCAAGAAGCUGGCCAGCCUCCUGCGGGGCGGUCCUGGGGGGCCACUGGUCAUCGACAGCCGCUCCUUCGUGGAGUACAAUAGCUGGCAUGUGCUCAGCUCCGUGAACAUCUGCUGCUCCAAGCUGGUGAAGCGGCGGCUACAGCAGGGCAAGGUGACCAUCGCGGAGCUCGUCCAGCCAGCCGUGCGCAGCCAGGUGGAGGCCACGGAGCCCCAGGAUGUGGUGGUCUAUGACCAGAGCACCCGGGACGCCAGCGUACUGGCUGCAGACAGCUUCCUCUCCAUCCUUCUCAGCAAGCUGGACGGCUGCUUCCACAGUGUGGCUAUCCUCACAGGGGGCUUUGCCACCUUCUCCUCCUGCUUCCCUGGCCUCUGUGAGGGCCGGCCUGGAGCUCUGCUGUCCGUGAGCCUCUCCCAGCCUUGCCUGCCUGUGCCCAGUGUAGGUCUGACGCGCAUCCUGCCUCACCUCUACCUGGGCUCUCAGAAGGACGUCCUGGACAAGGACCUGAUGACCCAGAAUGGAAUAAGCUACGUCCUCAACGCCAGCAGCUCCUGCCCCAAGCCCGACUUCAUCUGCGAGAGCCGCUUCAUGCGCAUCCCCAUCAACGACAACUACUGUGAAAAACUGCUGCCCUGGCUGGACAAGUCCAUCGAGUUCAUUGAUAAAGCCAAGCUAUCCAGCUGCCAAGUCAUCGUCCACUGUCUGGCUGGCAUCUCGCGCUCUGCCACCAUCGCCAUCGCCUACAUCAUGAAGACCAUGGGCAUGUCCUCAGACGAUGCUUACAGGUUUGUGAAGGACCGUCGCCCGUCUAUCUCGCCCAACUUCAAUUUCCUGGGGCAGCUGCUGGAGUAUGAGCGCAGCCUGAAGCUGCUGGCAGCCCUGCAGGGCGAUGCGGGCUCCCCCUCCAACCCUAAACCCGCGGAGGCCCCACUGCCGCAGCUGCCGCCACCUACCUCAGACGGCGCCGCCCCGGGGAGCGCCGCAGCCCCCGCAGCCAGGGAGGGCGCCCCUGGUGCCUGCGUGGAGCCCCCAGCGCCCGCCCCGGCCACCAGCGCGCUGCAGCAGGGCCUGCGCGGCCUGCACCUCUCCUCCGAGCGCCUCCAGGACACCAACCGCCUGAAGCGCUCCUUCUCCCUGGACAUCAAGUCGGCCUACGCCCCGAGCCGGCGGCCCGACGGCCCCGGCCCCCCCGACCCCGGCGAGGCCCCGAAGCUCUGCAAGCUGGACAGCCCGUCCGGGGGCGCGGUGGGCCUGCCUUCGCCCGGCCCCGACAGCCCGGAAGCGGCCCCGGAGGCGCGCCCUCGGCCCCGCCGGCGGCCCCGGGCCCCCGCCAGCUCCCCCGCGCGCUCCCCAGCUCACGCUCUCGGUCUGAACUUCGGCGACGCGGCCCGGCAGACUCCGCGGCACGGCCUCUCGGCGCUGUCGGCGCCAGGGCUGCCUGGCCCGGGCCAGCCGACCGGCCCCGGAGCCUGGGCGGCGCCACUCGACUCCCCGGGCACCCCGUCACCCGACGGACCCUGGUGCUUCAGCCCCGAGGGUGCUCAGGGGGCGGGUGGCGCCCUGUUCGCGCCCUUCACCCGGGCGGGCGCGCAGGGACCCGGAGGCAACGGCGACCUGCGGCGGCGGGAGGCGGUGCGGGCCGAGCCCCGGGACGCGCGAACCGGCUGGAUAGACGAGCCGGGCCCGGAGACGCAGUUCAAGCGCCGCAGCUGCCAGAUGGAGUUUGAAGAGGGCAUGGCAGAGGGGCGCGCUCGCGGUGAGGAGUUGGCUGCCCUGGGCAAGCAGGGGAGCUUCUCUGGCAGCGUCGAGGUCAUCGAGGUGUCCUGACCCGUAGGGCCCUGGCUCCUCCGCUGCUCUUGGCUCCGCCGCCAGCAGCUGGCCGUUAUAAAUAUAUAUUAUAUAUAAUGCAAAGAAAGGUAAAUGGUUUUACUGCGAUUUUUAUCGAGAAGUAAAUAUUUCGAUUUUUUUAUUUAUUUGAGCUGUUCAUUCUGGCAAUGAUCUGGCAACAUGCCGGGUGGUCCUCGGAGCUCUAUUUUUACUGUCUGGUAUUUAACUGAAACAUGUUUCUAAGCAAUAUGAGGCCACCUUCAGUAGCAAGCUGGGGUGCCAGGCCUGGAGUCUCCUCCCCAACUCCGCAAUCCCAGGAAACACUGCUGACCUUUGCAAAGAGACUGCCAAGCUUUCAGCUUUUGUGCACUUUUACAUAAGAAAAAGG